AUGCCUGCCUUCUCAUCUCAUCACUGUCCCAAGUGUGGUCGUGUUGGCAACAAACACUGCGUCGCCGUUGGACACUAUCUCGAGUGCGAGAUCCACCCUGGAAGCUUCCACUCGGUCCUUGCCCAGUGUGUCAAGUGCCAUCAGGCCGAGCAGCGCGAAGAGCAAGAUGGACGCCAGGCUUACCAAGCUGAGGAGGUGGCAAACAAGGAGAACGACAACCAGAGCACUAGUCAAAAGAAGAAGAAGGGCAAGACUCCCAAGGCCAAGCCGGACUCUCAGAAAAGCAUGAAGCAGUUGCGGAAGGAGAAAAAAGAGAAGAAGAAGUCAGACUCCAGCGACAAGUCCUCUCCCUGGGAUAUGACACAAUACGACGGUGGCAGUCCUCUCUGA